AUGAGCAGUCCACGAACGCUUCAUCCCGACGCCGAGAAUCGCUUGUCGGCCAGGAGCAAGGAGGAAUGGGAGGAAUGGGAAGACGACGAGGUGCUGACACCCAUCACGGCGCGAGACGGCCCUCUACUGCCCGUGGAAUCCGGAGAGACCUGGAGCGCUGCUACGCGCGCGGAGCCGGCAGCACAGCCGGAGCGACAGGCGUCUCAGCGGACCACCAGCUCGGCUGCCCGGCAGUCAGUGCAGCGGAUACGGAGGCUGAGGUCCCGCCACAGGCAGAAGGCUCAGAAUGCGCGCGCCGGCAUCAGAGUGGUGACCGACAUGUCCAAGUUCCGCCAACCGCGGCACGUCGCCCACCUGAUGAGGCCGCUCCGCGAGAGCCGUCAGACCAACACGGGGAAGUUUGUCGACGUGGCCGCCCUGAAGGCUCUGGAGGGUAUCCCGUCCGAUGACGACGACUCCCCCCGCAGUGCCUUUGGCUGGCUGAAGCGGCGGCCGACCAAGGGGAAGCGGGUCGAAAGACUGGCCGCCGAGGCCGCCCCGCAGGCCGACCUCUCCCCCAGUGCGGGCCCGAUAGUCAUCGGCUUUGCCAUGCCCUCGGACUCGGACGUGGUCAUCAGCCCGCAGACGGCCAUGGUCGAGACGCCGGUAGACUUUCCAUCCUACUUCAAGCCUCCCACGGCUGCCUCGCCAAGUCAGCCGGUUUCCGCCUGGUCUCCUGAUACCGAUGACGGCGCCUCACCGCGGAUCCCCGAGCGGAACCACGUGCCCGCUGUCCCGUUUAUUCCGCAACACUACAAGGCCGCCGAUGCCCCGCCCUUCACAGCGGGUGCCAACGAGGACGGCUCGGCAAGGUCCAGGGAUAGGAGGGACGACGGGGACACAAUCACAACACCUCUCUAUGUCAGCGAUGAUGAUGACAUGGCGACGCCGGCCACACUGUUUGAAGAGGACGGCAGCCCGGCAACGGUAAAGCCCAGGUCUCUCAGAGUCAAAGGCCGCCAGCGAUCAGCCACGGCUGGGAGCUCUCGGUCCCAAGGAUGGUGGGACCAGGUGACCUCUCCCUUCGGGCCACCUACCCCCGCCACGCCACAAAGCCCCGGUGCUAUGCAGACCAAGACCGAUGAGGGUGGUCAGGCAUGGUGGAAGGACGAGGAUAAAAAGAAGCCUCCCUCCUCAUUCCGCACCCAACCCGAUGCUGGAUUUUCGCGCCCCCCCGGGAACGCUUCCAGGCUCCCACGCCGUCCCCCAGAAGUCAUCAUCGAAGACGUCUCUUCCACGCCGCCUUCAUCGUCACAGAUUGUUUCGCCGCCUCCUCAACCACCAUCUCAACCCGAAAAGCCCCGUGCGAUGGCCGAGGAGGUACGAACACCUGGCGAGUUGCCACCGCCAUACACGCCGCCGCCGAGGAAGCUCAACAUCCGCUACCGCGCGGUCUUCCCUCCCGGGCAUCCCCUGAACGAAAUGUUUCCGCCAUCGCCCGGCCCAGUCUCGCCGGGCUUGUCGCACACCAUGACCUCUCAAGGCGCAAUCAACCUAUCCGACGUCCCCUUGACACCGCCUCCCGUGGCCCAGGUCGAGCGGCUGCCAGACCGACCGCUAGGGUCGUUUGUGCCUCGCGACCUCCAUUCUCUCGACGUCUCGGGACGCGGUCCGAGACAGAAGGCAGAGCGGCGGCGGCGGCGACAUGAGAAGGAGGACGCCGUCGCCUGGAAGGUUGGCAGGUCACACCAUCGCCGCGGCUGCUUCCCCUGCUGCGGAUGCUUGGGCAGGCCCGGGCGCGAGGGGAGGAAACGGCGACGCGUGUGCUUGGGCGUGUGCGUAGCCGUGCUGCUGCUGACUGCGCUGGGAGUUGCCCUCGGCGUAACGCUGUCGCGGCACGCCGGCGCCGAGACAAGCAUGCCUUCGCGGUGGCUGAACCUCACCGACUUCCCGCCCAUCCCCACCGGCAUCUCGACCGUGAUCGGGCCCGACUCGGACUCGAUAACGGCAUGUGUCCAGCCGCCGACACUCUGGGCCUGCUCGCUACCCAAGGAGCAGGCGAGCUCGGUCGCUCCGUUUGACGCCAGCCAGCCCAGCUUUGUCAUUCAGAUCCAGUUCGACAAUAGCACCCGAAAGCUUUGGAACACCACAGGGGACCCGCCGCGGCCGACCCCGUCUGACCGCGGGAAUGGGAUCCCACUGCCACAGCCUAACACAGCCAGCACGACUUCGACCCCGACCGCCACUGCCAGCGCCAGAGCACGCGCCGUCCCAGUCACAGGAAUUGCGUCUCUCCUUCGGCGGCUGGCGCUGGGGCCCCGCGACAGCUCAGGCUCAAGCCUGGACCUGCGGCCCGACCCGCCUCCGCCGAGCUUCCAGGAGAUGUUCUUCCUCGGCAACACGACGGACGGCGUGGUGUCGGACGACAAGGCGGGCGAGCCGACGCCCUUCUACGUCAGCAUGCUGCGGUCGGUCAACGACACGGUCGGGCCGAACCUGCUGACCCGGCGCGGCGGCAGCAGCGGCGGGACGCAGAGCAACCUGACGACAGGGACGGUCAACGUAUCCGACAUCGCGCCCCCGCCGGCGCUCAACAAGGACGGCACGGGCGCGCCGGCGGUGCUGCUCGGCUUCCCGACGCAGCAGCCGCUGCGGCUGUACGACCGCGGCCUGCCGACCGAGCGCUACAGCUUCUACUCGUACUACAACAAGACCACGUACGUCAAGUCGAUCGCGCCGCUGCUGGGCAACGGCGCGUCGGCGACGCCCGUGCCGGCGGACGAGAACGGCGGCUGCCUCGAGACCGAGGCCAAGUUCCUGGUCACCUGGCUGUCGGUGCGGUACAAGGUGGAGAUCUGGACGCGGCGGGGCAACGCGACGCGGCUGGUGGGCGGGCUGGGCGGCGGGCCGGCGGCCGACAACGACAACGGCACGCAGCCGGGCACGUUCCCGUACCCGGUGACGGUCACGCUCGACACGCACGGCGGGCCGCUCGGCGGCAAGUACGCCUUCGUGCGCGGCGUCGACGACCGGCAGCGCAUCGUGCUGGACGACGCCCGCUACGUGCUCAACCAGAUGAACACCACCGGCGACCUGGUCAACCCGGCCGGCGACUACAAUCCCAGCCUGGGCGGCAUGGACGGCGGCACCGGCGGCUGCCGGUGCGACACGAGAACGAGCGGUGACGCCGGGACCAUUCCGACACCCAAGCCACCACCCGAUCAUUCCCGGUCACUGUUGACCCUCGCCAUCGAGACGUCGUGCGACGACACGUGCGUCGCCGUCCUCGAGAGGAGGGGCGACGCGGCGCGCCUGCACUUCAACCGCAAGAUCACGUCCGACAACACCGAGUUCCUCGGCGUCUGCCCCGUCACUGCCGUCCAGUCGCACAUGUCCGGCCUAGCGCCUCUCGUUGAUGCGGCUAUCGCGGCUCUACCCCGCGCCCAGCCCGGAACGGACACCCCCGACUUCAUCAGCGUCACGCGCGGCCCGGGCAUGACCUCCAGCCUGUCUGUCGGCCUGGCCGUGGCGAAGGGGCUGGCCGUGGCGUGGCAGGUGCCGCUGCUGGCCGUCCACCACAUGCAGGCCCACGCCCUGACGCCGCGCCUGGCCUAUGCUCUCGAUCAACCGUGGCCGGAUGGCACGCCGUCAGCUGGCCAGGGCGAGUCCGAGCCGGAACCCGACCAGCGGAUCCGGGAGCGGCUGAACCCGGCCUUCCCCUUCCUGAGCCUCCUCGUCUCGGGAGGCCACACGCAGCUGCUUCUCUCCCGCUCGGUGGUCUCGCACGAGAUCCUGGCCGACGCGCAGAACGUCGCCAUCGGCGACAUGCUUGACAAGUGCGCCCGCCUCAUCCUGCCUCCUGACGUGCUCAGCAAGGCGGGGGACGUCAUGUACGGCGCCGAGCUCGAGGCCUUCGCCUUCCCCCCGUCUUCCUCCUCCGGCGGCGUAGACUACGACUACACUCCGCCCGCCACGCGCGCCGAAGAGCUCAGGCCCUACCAGUCAGCCGAGCACGGCUGGUCGCUGACGCCGCCGCUGAGCCAGAGCCGCGAGAUGGCCUUCGACUUCUCCGGGCUCGGCGGCCGCGUGCAGGCCAUCAUGCAGCAGAACCCGCACAUGGACGAGCCGCAGCGCCGGGAGCUGGCCCGCGCGACCAUGAAGCUUGCCUUCGAGCACCUAGCCAGCCGCGUCCUCUUCGCGCUCGAGCAGCUGAACCCGCAGGGGGGGAAGCAACCGCGCAAGAGGGAAACAGCCGCCGCAACUGCGACGAUCACCAACGACGCACAUCACCCAGAAACUCCCCAACAAGACCCACCAAAAACCACCCCCCACCCCCAACCCCAACCCGAACCAGAACCGAUCAAAACACUAGUGGUAUCAGGCGGCGUCGCCUCCAACGGCUUCCUGCGGCACGUGCUGCGCACGACGCUGCUUGCGCGCGCGCGCGGCGGGCGCGGCGGGCAGCACAGCCCGGCGGUGGUCCGGCCGCCGCCGGGGCUGUGCACCGACAACGCGGCCAUGAUCGCGUGGGCCGGCACCGAGAUGUGGCGGGCCGGCUGGCGGAGCGGGCUGGACGUGCUGCCCGUCCGGCGGUGGCCGAUGGGCGGCGGC